AGCUGAGCGGCUCUGCACCUAUCGAAGUACUACUACAAAACCACUGCCAUCGGAGUGAGCUAUGAACCGACCAUCACCAGGAAUAUCAUACUGAGCAGUACGAGCGAAUGUUGAGCGCCAAACACUUCAGCAGCUAUCGUGUAUGUCAUUGCUGUUCGUUCACUUCUGCGACAGCGGAACAACUUGAGCUAUCAAAAAGAUGAGCGCACGCGCGCAUUAGAAAAAGCUUCAAGUGUUCACUCAGAGCUAUCAAAAAGACAGUGAGGACGACAGUGGCGACUGAAACGUCGGCGAUUUUCGUGUCACCGCCUCAGCUACCUGCUGUCGCUGGUGACGCGACGUUUUUGAAAGACACCAACAUUUCCAUUGGCGUUAAACAGCACGAACGGCUAGAAUAGAAGAAGACCACUGAAAAUACGUUCCCUUCAUCGUGUUCUUGGAGCAGCGAACGUGAACCGCAAGGUUCGCGCACGGGCAGCUGACGAAAUCUAAGGGUGCGACGUAAUUCAAUACAAGUGUCGAUUGCCGCGCACUGUAGAUCCGACGAAUAACAGCAGGAGGUCAGAUCUCAUUUUGGCGCCAGCGUCAAGUUUUCGUGACGAAAAAAACGGCAAGAGGAACGCUUGUUUUUGACCAGCCUGUGAUUUCCUUCGGGUUCAGUCGGAAUUUUAGCGUAUCCUGCAGCCUGAGCGCUUUAGCUCCCACUGAAAAUUGACAUCAGUUUAUUUCAAUCAGCAGGAAGAACAGCAGCGACGAAAACGGAGUCCGCAGAUUUUCAUGUGAAGAUUCUGGUCUUAAUUUAGUUUACGUUAAGCGAAUCGGAACUUACGUUUCGGCGCAACGGUUCGAGACCGUACCGUUUUCUACCGGCUUUUCGUGGUCUCGGACGACCAGCGUUCUUAUAUGCCUCCGUCUGUCUUUCCUACUAACGGGGCUCACUCAGUGCGCUCGAACUCGUUGUGCUCAGAUCAGUUUACUGCAUUGAUUCCAGGCACUAAUGUGACAUCAUCCUUGAUGCUUUCAUAGUUCGAUAUGCGGUGAUUCCGGACCCCAGGCUGGGUGUGUGUAUACACUUGCGCCGUCGUGCUUUUGUUUGUGGGGGCGUCAUCCUCCUCACGUUGUUCUUGUUAAUAUUGCUUGUUAAUAUUUGUUAUCACGUCUUACUGACUCGUCUUCUCAGUUCGGCUGCGGAAUUCGUUUCGUGGCUUUUUAGUGCUUGUGCUGAAAGGUGGAGUGGCGAAAGUAACGAUGCCUACUACUGUCAUCGUGUUUUGUCGGAUGGAGGCUGUUUCUAUUCCGGGAGCAGGACUGAUGCAGGCUGUCAACCUGUGGUGAAUUGUGAGUGAUUGUGAUUGCAAAGUGAGAAGUGGAGUGCUUGUGUCUGGUGUGUGUGCGCGUUUUCGGUGAAUAGAGCCAGCGCCGCCGCAUUGUGGGGCGUUGGACAGUGAAAAAGUGGUAGAGAAGAGUUUUCGCUGGAAAGUUUAGAGCAAAACGAGAUCGUGGUACUGGUGUCGUGAGGUCUGCCCUCGCUAGUCGCCCCUAUUGGAUCUAGCGAUAUGCCGUCAGCUAGCGAAGCGAACACGUCCGGUGGAGAUGACACUCUGGCGUCUUCGGACGAAAUCAAGGUGUUUAAAGACGAGGGCGAAGACGAAGAGCGCUCUGAAAAUCUUACCGAUCUCAAGUCUAGUCUCAUCAACGAAGGCGAUAAGGCGGGGUCCUCGAGCGCAUUUGCGAGUACGACAGUUACCGCACCCUCGGCCGAAGGCGGGGCAGAAUCACCCCCCGACGCAAAGCCACGCCUCCACACACCCCGGGCAGAACACCCUAUCUUCGGCUUCGACACCUUUGGAUACCCGGGAGGAUGGCCGCUUGGAGGCGGAAUGGGAAAGAUGAUGGGUGCUGCUGCGAGCGGUGGCUCACCUUUGUCAUCAUAUCUAAUGUAUGGGGGCCAUCCCGACGCUACGUUCUCUCAACCGCCGCCCGCUCAUAUGGGCAUUUCCGCGCAUGGCGUGCACAUUGACAGCAAAGCUGGAAUUCGAAGGCCGGUAGCUGCUGCAGGUGUAUAUCCGACCCUCACAUCCCAGUAUGCGCCUCCGCCUGUCUACAAUGCGGCGUUUGCUCAACUACAAUGGCACUCGAUAUACCCAUCAAUGGGAGCACCGUCUCUUAGGCCGUACGGGCUGAGCGCAGGAUUUGGAGCGGGUCUGGGGUCCCUCGGCCGAACGCUGCUCCCUCCUCCGCCGGGACCCCCUGGUCAUCCCUCAGUUCCGCAGGGACUUCACCAUCAUCCUGCUUUAUCGCCCCAUCAUUCGCAUCAUACUAGCCCGUUUUCGCCCACGCCCGCCGGGCUGCAAAACCGACCUGAUCUCACCGCUCUCACCGAAUCCGGCAGACGAAUGGCGGCCAUGUACUCAAGUCAGCUGGAAGCACAAUCUCUUCCUACUGUGGUUGGCAAUGCACCGAUCGUGUCCGUCACCCCCACGUCCCCACCACGACGACCCACAGCAACGAGUGCAGGAGCUAUUGGCAGUAGUGGGGUUGCAGGCGCGGGUCAGCAGACGAUUUCCUCUGUCAGCCAGCAGAGCAGUUUGGGGGGUGUCAACAACAACCCAGAUGGAGAUGGCCAUGGCGGCGCCGGGACCAAUGGUGCCACGACUGUCGACAAGAAGUCCUCGAAGCCGCCAGCGCAUGUCAAAAAGCCGCUCAACGCGUUCAUGCUCUAUAUGAAAGAAAUGAGAGCCAAGGUGGUGGCCGAAUGUACGUUAAAAGAGAGCGCUGCAAUCAAUCAGAUUCUGGGUAAACGGUGGCACAAUUUGUCACGAGAGGAGCAGUCCAGAUACUACGAGAUGGCGCGAAGGGAACGUCAACUGCACAUGCAGAUGUAUCCCGGCUGGACUGCGCGUGACAACUAUGCCCUCAACACCAAGAAAAAGAAGAGGAAGAAGGAGCGAAUCCUCGAUGCAGAAUUCCCACGCGUCUACUUCGAUCGAUCACUACUAAUACCACCCGCUGAAUUUCGGUCUGACGUAGCAUGCGGCCAGCUACCUAUAUUCCAUCAGUUCACCACCACUACUUCCGAAGAAAGGGAUCAGGGAGCACGCCUCGCGGCUGGCACCACACUGCCACUGCCGGCUGAUGGCCAACAGCUCUAUCAACUCAAUGAACUCAGUCAUAAUUUCAAAAAGCAGAGACUUCUUAACAUGAACAACGUGAACAACAGCGCCAAGAAAUGCCGGGCGAGAUAUGGCCUCGACAAGCAGAACAACUGGUGCAAACCAUGUAGGCGGAAAAAGAAAUGCAUCCGUUACCGCGAAUCGAAACACGAUAAUCCGGGUUCAAAUGCUCCUUCAUCGACCGGAGGACCCGGGUCUAACCAACCCGAGCCAGGCGAUCUCGACAUUGAUGCGAUGGAGGACGCAUCAGAUGCCGAUAGCGACGACGAGGAUGAGCCCAACGCGUUAUCUUCGGUAGAGGCGCCAACGCCACCGGACAGCCUUCGCAUGCACCCCAGCCCGGGAGCGCAGUCCUUAUGCACCGACGAUGAACCUUUACCCUCUCCCCUGCUGGGCAUGCCACCUUCACCAAGGCUGCCCUUACAUCCCGUGCCCUCACUCGGCCUUCCAUUACCGGGAUUGGGUUUGCCAAACUUGCAGGGCAUAGGACAACAAGCGGUUCCAAGUCUACCUGUGUCGUACAAGCAUCAUCCCUUGAGCAUACACCAGCUGACAAGUCAAACAGGUGUGGGCCAUACGCAGGGUGAAUGUAAACGCGAGCCGCAGGAAAGUUUACCUAUGCUAGGUGUCGAAAGUAUCCUUACGCCGCCAUCUGCCGAUACGCCGCAUCUUCUCACGGUCACUUAAAUGAAUCUGGACCUAAUUUUAGGCCGAAACGAAGCGAUGUAUAAUAAAUGCGAUUAGCGGUAUACGUUAUAUGGGACACAGCACCUAAGAAUGAACGCCGAAAGAGCGUGACGGUAAGCCUUUUCUUAGGACUAGGCUUUGUCGGCGCUAUCUUGCGCUGUGCUGCUGUAUUAAACGUUGCUGGUCAAGCGUCACAGCAUGUCUCUGGCAAACUCUAUGGCCCCUACUUGUCAUUCAGCUUCACCUUUGCUACGGUAAUUGUCUAAAGCGAAGAAGCUAAUUAAAUCUACGAAAACAACACAUGGAGGCACACAUGCUUGCAACAUGCUACCCUUAAGGAAUUUUCGGAAAAACCAGAAAAAGUAUGCAACAGGGGGUCAAAGAACCCCUCGAAUCAGCUUCUAUUCUAAUUAUUUUUAUUAUUACUAUUAUUUGCGGCCGGGUGUACAUAUUGAAGAAAGAAGCAUUAGUUAGGGCAAAUUGUACAUACGACACUGUACAUACACACUACAAAAAUGAUUAUAUAUAUAUAUAUAUAUAUAUAUAUACAUACAUAUAUAUAUAUAUAUAUAUAUAUAUACACAUAUAUAUAACACUUCUGCAUAUCGUAAAGUAAUAAAAAACGAUAAUGUCAAUUGUGUGCCAUCACCGAGUAGUUCCUAUGAUCGAUCAGAAUUUGUAAUCCUGCCAUCGUGCUUCUCCAGACGCUGCAAGUAGAGGGCAAUUUAUGAGCAAUAAGCCCCACCUUGAGCCAGUACAGGAGAUCAAUCAGUUUGCCUCUAUAUGUGGAUUUUGUUUCUUGCAAUCAAUAGCCGUAUUGGUGUUAUUGGCUAAGUUGAAUGGUUGCCUCGCGAUUGAAUCGAAAGAGCAAAUAUAUAUAUAUAUAUAUAUAUAUGUGUGUGUGUGUGUGAGAAUAAGUAAAUUCGAGAAAAUUUGCCGUCUUCUAUCCGCCUCCUUCAUCCCACCCCUAAAGCGUUACCUGCCUUUAUCAAUGUAAAUACGACUAAGUUGAAUGUAAAAGAGGAUAGAGACCGAUGAGGGGGGGGGGGGAGCGGGGGUAACAAUUGUACUGAAGCAAAGUGCAGAUGAUUAGUGGCAACAGAGAUUUAUUCGAUUUGGAGUAUCUUUGAACAGGGUUCGAUCAGUCUGCAGAAAAAAGAGUUCAGAGAAGACAACCUUUACCGAUCAUGUGCAAUUUUGUCACGGAGGUAAACAAACGGAUAGCGAGUAAACAUCACAAACAUAAGUAGCACCCAGCCAAACUUAACCUGAUAAUUAUUCCUAAUAACAUCAACAACGAUAGUUUUAUUACAAAAAUUGUUCAUAGUCAUUAAACGCUGAGAAGCCAAAUAGUGCGAAAAAAAGCUACCUAUGGAGAAAGAUUUGACGCGUAUUCGAAACAUAAACAGGCCGGCUAAUUAGCGAGCAGAAAAUCAAAAUUGUACGUGCGUACUAAUUCGAAAACUCAGUGCCGUUAUAAACAGAAAAAGCAGAAAUUCGCAAUAGGAACUGGCUAGGUCCACAAUUUUACAGAUACGCAAAUGCGGUCGAGUGAGUCGCCAUAGCGAUGGCAGUAAAAAAAAAGUCAGGGGAAAAGCCAAGGAAGGGAAAAUUAGCAAGAGCUACGUUAACUUACGCAUUAUGGCUGAGACGUUUCGAGUGCUGAAAAACACUGGGAGCGGUGCAUGAAAGUAACGUUGAGGACGAUCAUCCUGAUCACAGACGGCUGAUAAUUUUGCGAAUACUGGUGAUGAUAUUGACAAUGCAAUCUAAAGAAAUGUUUCAAAUUUAAAUUAUAUACGCUAAAGAUGUAUACACGCAGACACUGAUUGAAGCGGUUAAAGGAACAUAUCAAUAUGAAGUAGUCACAAAAUGGUCUCACACUUGUUUCCACUUGUACUCGUUACGAUUAAUCAAAAAGUCGGAACGAAAACGAUUACGAAACCUAAUUACGAAGAGGAAGGACGUCUGGAAUAACGAUAGCGAUGAUUGUCACCAAUAUGCAUAGAUAAGGUAGGCGAGAUUCUAUUUUAUUCUCUUUAUAUAGGUGUUUACCCUGUCAUUGAAGUUUGAUGGCAAUUGAAGAUCGGGGAAUUGGGUAUCGAACGAGAAUAAUUUAACCGCUAUGACCAGAUAGUUGGUCCGAUAUCGUCAUUGUUUGAGACGGCGUUAAGGGCAGAGAGCUACCAUGAACAGCAAUAUAUAUAUAUAUAGCUACUACGAAUUAGAUAUUACUGCAACAGUAACAAAGGCGGCAUAGUCAUUCACGAACAUAUGAAAGGAUUCGAAACCCCUCGAAACUGUUAAAUAUCGUCAUUAUGUACGUUUGCCCCUAUCUGUCUGUGAAUUAGAAGUUCCUUCAACUUAAUCUGUUACAAUAAUCUCAUUAUGCGACGUCGAUGUGGUGUUCGUCGCCACUCCAUUGCAGUAAUCAUUUUAGCUGUUACCAACUUCUUCGAGAAUCUGUUGAUUUGUAAAAGGCCUUCGACUACUCCUUGCCGUAAUCCUACAUCGUGCCAAAUCGGCCGACAAAACACUUGUUAGUUUCUAGUUUCUUUUUUGUUAGAAUGGACGGCGUACUGUUCAAUCUAUAGAGCCAUCAGCAAUCAGGGCAUGACGCAAUAUAACUGUGAACUGCAUUGACGAGCGGACAUUGGAAAGGGGGUAGAUAGUUUUUUUACUAAAACUUCGCCAUAGCAUUCAGUUUGAAUUUAGAGGGAAGUGUUAAUGCGACCAUGGUGGUCGCAAGCAUUUACGAGGUAAACAUGUGUGGUUAAUUUAGUAGAGAUUAUGCGUCUACAUUCGUUUGUCUAGUAAAUAGGAUAAACGAAACUAAAAGAACAUGAGAGAUGUUACAAGUUCAGUAGUGCAAUCUGUCCCGAAUGGCCCCACCCGAUCCCUCGCAGUUUCCGCCUCUUGCAGAAGACGAAAAAUGAAACAAUAGAAGUAUUGCCUAGGACAGGCCGAAAAUGAGAAAAUAAUACAAAUAUAUAAAUAUAGAUAUAAAUAGAGUAUAUGUAACGUGUAAUGGUAUUAUAAUAGAAAUCGAAUUGAGAGAGAGCGAAAGGAAAGAAGAGAGAGCUAUCACAGUGACGUAGACAUUGUUAGAAGCAUUUCGAAUGAAGUUGCGACUUAAAAGCUGAGACGAAUUCAGAUGCGUGACCAGAAGAAAAUGAACAACGGAACAAUGAUGAGAACAAAAAAACACUAGAAAAAUAAAACUCAAUACAAAUAUGUACAGUCCAUCUCUUC